UGUGUGUGUGUGUGUGUGUGUGUGUGUGUGUGUGUGUGUGUGUGUGUGUAAGUGAAAGUGACCGUGCCCUCGGGGGAAUAUGUGUGUGAUUGCAGAGAACGGAUUGCUCUCUCUUUUCUGACCCUGCACGCAUCCAGAUGUUACGUGUUUCGCAGGCGCGCUGCAUGUCAGACUGAAAAGUAUUCGAGAAACUCCUUGGAAGUGAUUGUCUUUUUUUUUUUUCUUUAUAUACUUAGGUCCGUUAGUCCUUGAUGAAUAGGCCCCAACAGAAGCCAAAAAACGUCUGAACCUGACAAAAUGCCAAGGAUGUCCUGGAGUAUUGCUGAUUUACUUAACUUGUAAUCUACGGGGAUUCUGUCCAGUUAUUAGGUUCAAAUAAUGGAGACUGGCAAAUUGAGGACUCUUCUGUUCCUGGAGAUAAAUGUGUUUAUACUUUCGACUUUUCCGCUUUGUUUGCAAGGCCAGAGCACCGAGCAUGUGAUCGAUCUACUCGCUGCGUUGAACAUGUCCCAGCCCAUAAAAGGCAUAUCCAAGAUCCACGACGAAGAUCCUUCUGGGUCCACCGCGGCCUAUAAGCUCCGCCCCAAAGCCCCCCACCUGACCCUGCCGCCCGAGUACUCCCGCCUCCUGGCCUCGGCCGGGCCCGGCUCCCUGGGGGUGCACCUGGUGGCGCGCCAGGCCCAUGACACCAGCGCCACCCUGCUGUCCUUCUCCUCCCGCUCCUCCCCGCUGCUGCAGCUGGUCUCCUCCACCCGGAACAGCAGCCUGCGCUUGGACCGCAGCCUGGAGGGGCCCGGUGCCGGGGGGCUGCUCAGCCUGGUCCUCCCAGGAGGGAACCCCUUCUCCGGGGCCCGCUGGGCGCGCCUCGCCCUGGGCCUGGAGCCGGACAGAGUGAGUGUGUUUGUAGACUGUGAGGAGGCGGUCGUCGUCCGACGCCGAGGGGAGGAGAGGGUCGACCUGAGGGCGUUUCCCCGGGACCUGAGGGUGACUCUGGGCAGCGCGAUGGGGGACAGCGACAGCAAGUUCAGCGGAUACUUGAAGACAGCUGAGAUCUCCCUAAAAGCAUAUGGAAGGCGUCCCUGGCAUUGUCCCAAUAUAACAGAUGGACCUCCCUCACCGGCUCAGCCCACACCCGGCCCCGGUCUGGACCCUCUGGACGACCGGGGGCCGCAGCGGCUCCAGAAGGACGCGCCCCAGAGAGGGGCGGCCCUGGGGCCUCCAGGGCAUCCACAGGGGGGGAGGCUGGCCCCGCCCCUGCCCCAGGAGGAGAGGCUGAGGGGGCUGGAGCAGAGGCUGGAGCAGAUGGCCGUCCUGCUGGACGCGGUCCAAGCCCAGAACACAGACCUCCAGUCGCGCGUGCACUACCUGGAGGGCUGUGAAUGUGUGAGGCGGCGGAAGUGCACGUGGGAGGGGCGAGAGGUGGAGGAGGGGCAUCGCUGGCAGACCCUCUCGAACACCGCCUGUACCUGCACCUCGGGACAGGUCACGUGCGAGGCCAUCGUCGUGGGCUGUGUCCACACAGGGGUCCGAUAUGAGAGUGGAUCAAAGUGGAGACCGGCUUUUAGUCCCUGUGAUGUGUGCAGCUGUGAGGGGGGCCAGGCGCUCUGCGAGCGGGAGAGCUGUCGGACGUCCUGCACCAGCCCGGCCUCGGCUGCGGCUGACGCCUGCUGCCCGGUGUGUGACGGUUGUGGUCUAAAUGGACGGGAUUUCCCCAACGGCGCAUCAAUCCCCUUCGGAGACCGUUGUCAGACGUGUACAUGUGUGGAGGGUAACAUUGCGUGCGCUGCGCUCUCCUGCCCGACCCCCCCCUGUCUGAGCCCGGUGCAUCGCCAUGGAGACUGCUGCCCCUCCUGCGGACAGUGUGAACACGGGACGGAGGUGUAUCAGGACGGACAGGACGUCCCGUCCGGGGCGGAUCCCUGCCUCCGCUGCCGGUGCUCGGCGGGGGAGGUGUCGUGUGAGCGCAUGGAUGCGUCGUGUCCCUCGCUGCCGUGCAGCCACCCGGCCAAACCCAGGGGACAGUGUUGUCCCAGCUGUGACCGGUGUGAGUACGACCGGAGGGUGUUCGCUGACGGUCAGCUGUUCCAGCCGCCGGGCGGUGGGCCGUGUCUGCAGUGUCGCUGUAAGGGUGGCAAUGUGGUCUGUCAUACUGAGAGGUGCCCUCCUACUCAGUGCUCUAACCCCAUCAUGGACCCUCACUUCUGCUGUCCCAUCUGUAAAGCCUGCGUGCUGGAGGACCAGGAGUACGAGGAGGGGGCCCGGUGGAGGCCGGAGGGCCCCUGCUCCAGCUGUGCCUGUGUGAACGGAGAGACGGUGUGCACACACACCCAGUGCCCCCCCACCGAGUGCCUGCACCCCGCCAAGAACACCGGCUCGUGUUGUGCAGUGUGUGAGAGCUGUACCUAUAACCACCGUAUCUACGGCAACGGACAGAGGUUCGUGACUCCCGAUCAGCCCUGUCUCGUUUGCACCUGUCAGUACGGCUCGGUGGAGUGUCUGCAGAGAGACUGCCCCGCGCCCAACUGCACCAACCCACACACACCUCCGGGAGAGUGCUGCCCCCAGUGCCCAGACUGUUUGUUCGAGAACCGUGUGUUUGUGGAGGGGGAGGCCUUCCCCAGCCCGGUGAACGUGUGUGAGAGGUGUGUGUGCGCGGACGGGAGGGUGGCGUGCCGGUCGAACCAGUGCCCGCGUCCCAACUGCAACGCCCCCGUCCCCGGGACCUGCUGCCAGAACAACUGCAAUGGCUGCCGUUACGCAGGGAAGGAGUAUCCCAACGGACAGGAAUUCCCCCAUCCCACCGACAAAUGCAGGGCCUGCACCUGUAUAAACGGUAACGUCCAGUGUCUAAUGAAGAGGUGCCCGCCACUGCAGUGCACGGAUCCCAACCUGUUACCUGGAGAGUGCUGCCCCCAGUGUCCCGCGCCCCCUGCUGACUGCGUGUAUGAGCAGCGCAGCUACAGACACACAGAGCGCUUCUACCACCCGACUGACACCUGUCGAUCAUGCCUCUGCACCAAUGGGAUGGUCCAAUGCAAGCGCAAGCCCUGCCCCUCGGCACCUUGCUCUCAUCCAAUCACGCAGGACUGCUGCCCGACCUGUGAAGGCUGCCUGUACGAGAGGCGGGAGCGGGCCGACGGGGAGCGGUGGGCCGACGCCUCCGACGCCUGCUCGGUGUGCACCUGCAGGGGGGGCUCGGCCCGCUGUGAGAAGGACCGCUGCCCCCCCGCCGCCUGCAGCUACCCCGUCCAGAGGAGCUGCUGCACGGCCUGUGAUGGCUGUCUGUUUAAGGGCCAGGAGUACCCAGACGGCUAUGAGUUUGUGGAGGAGAAGGACCCCUGCAGCGUGUGCAGCUGCUACAGCGGGGAGGUCGUCUGCUCCCGGCUGCCGUGCGACGACCUCUGCAGACACCCCCACACCCCCGCCGGCCAGUGCUGCGGGGAGUGCGACCGCUGUUCCUACAACAACCUGGUCCUCAUCAAUGGCCAGACCAUCCCCGACCCUAGCAAUCCCUGCUCAGAGUGUACCUGUCAGAGAGGUGCAGUGGCGUGCGUUCCGCGGCGGUGCGCGGCCGCGGCGUGCGCCCACCCGGCGCUGGACGGCUGCUCCUGCCCGGUGUGCGGCGGCUGCCGGUUCACCGGGAGGGACCGCCACAACGGGGAGCGCUUCCCCCACCCCGCCGACCGCUGCCAGCGCUGCUCCUGCCUGAACGGCGGGGUGCUGUGUGUGGCCGCCCCCUGUCCCGCUGUGUCCUGCGGCCGCCCGGUGACCCCCCCGGGGGGGUGCUGUCCCGUCUGCACCGGGAGCUGCCGCCACGAGGGGGGGGACCACCCGUCGGGCUCCAGCUUCACCCCGUCCCGGGACCCCUGCUCCUCCUGCACCUGCCUGAACGCGGAGGUGUCCUGUCAGAGGAGGCCCUGUCCCCUCCAGUGUUCCCACCCCGUCCCGUCGGAGAGCUGCUGUCCCGCGUGCGACUCCUGCCUCUACCAGGGCGGCGUGCACGCCCACAGGCACACCUUCGGCUCCUCCUCCGACCCCUGCCAGCGCUGCACGUGCGUCCAGGGAACGGUGACGUGUGUGCGCGCGCCCUGCCCGCCGGCCCCGUGCCCCCGACCCGUGACUCCGCCUGGACAGUGCUGCCCCCGGUGCCCAGUGUGUAUGCUGGAUGGACGGGAGUACCAGAACGGACAGCAGUGGACCCCCCAGUCCGACCCCUGCUCCAGGUGCACGUGCCAGGAAGGAGAGGUGCGCUGUGUGUCCCAAGAGUGUCCCAAGCUGCCCUGCAUGCACCAGGUCCAGGACCCAGGGACCUGCUGUCCACGCUGCAGAGGGUGCAUGUACGACGGACGGGAGCACGCAGAGGCCAGCAGCUGGUUCGCUGACUCCGCCUCCUGUAUGAACUGCAUGUGUGUGGGCGGAGUCACCACCUGCUCCCAGAUCCGCUGCAUCUCGCCGUGCGUCAACACCAUCCGGGUGGCCGGCGAGUGCUGCCCCCUGUGCGCCGACUGUCUGUUCGAGGGCAGAGUCUACAGUCCCAGCGACAGUUUCCAUCCUGCAGACGACCCCUGCCAGAUCUGCACCUGUGAGGUGAUGCCAGACGGCGAGCAGCACCUGCGCUGCUACCGUAAGCAGUGCCCCAGUCUGGUGGACUGUCCCGUCAACAACAUCCUGUUCUCUGGACCCGAAUCCUGCUGCCCUGUCUGUGCACAACCGCUCAGUAACUGCACUGCCACCCUGAUCGGUAAUGAAGUCCUGGCUACCGAUGACCCAUGUUUUACCUGUCAAUGCAAGGACCUAACGUGGACGUGUCUCCACCGGAACUGCCCCCCCCUCACCUGCCCCGUCGGUGAGCAGCUCUCCCUGCCCGACUCCUGCUGCCCGGUGUGCGAGGAGUGUGUGAUCGAGGGCCAGGACGCCCGCGUGCCCAGCGGCAGCAGCUGGACCGACAGCGAUGACGACUGCGUCACCUGCACCUGUAACCUCGGACACAUUGAAUGCAGCAUCGAAGAGUGUUUACAUCUGGUGUGUCAGGGAGAACAGAUACCCAUGAAGACGCCCGGGAAGUGUUGUUAUGAAUGCCAAGCCUCGGGGGUGUCGUGCACGUACCAGGGUGCGCUCUACCAGCCCGGGGAGCAGUGGGCGGUGGACGAGUGCACCGGCUGCACGUGCGUGGCCGGAGACGUGCACUGUGGCACCGAGCGCUGCCCCCCCCUCGCCUGCUCUGCAACGGAGAUGCCCGCGGCGGCCCCCGGGGUGUGCUGCCCCCACUGCCUGCCGCGCCCGGCGACCUGCAUCGCCUUCGGGGACCCCCACUACCGCACCUUCGACGGGCGCAUGCUACACUUCCAGGGCGCGUGCACGUACGUCCUGGCUCAGGACUGUCAGGGCGGCCACUUCAGAAUCCACGCCACCAACGACGACCGCGGGCGUAAAGGAGUCUCCUGGACCAAGGAGGUCACCGUGUUCAUCGGAGACCUCUCGGUGCAGCUUCUCCAGGACUGGGUCGUCAAGGUGAAUGGCCGUGUGGUUGCUCUGCCCUACCUGAGAGAACCUUACGUCUACGUGGAGCGUCAGACCAACACCAUCCUGCUCAACACCAACAUUGGGAUAAAGGUGCUGUGGAGCGGGCGGUCCCACCUGGAGGUCAGUGUCCCGGGCUCCUACAGGAAGCAGACCUGCGGCCUCUGCGGCGACUUCAACGACUUCCCCCAGGACGACCUGCGCAUGCCCGACGGGCGCAUCAGCCUAUCAGAGGCCAGCUUCGGGAACAGCUGGCAGGUGACGAACCACAGCCACGCCCUCACCUCCUGCCGCCCCGGCGAGGACGUGGACCCCUGCCGGGAGGCGGGCUACCAGGCCCGCAAGGGUGCCAACGGGCGCUGCAAGGUCCUGAAGUCGGCGGUGUUCAAGCCCUGCCACCGGGUGGUGCCCCCGGAGGCCUGGCAUGGCGCCUGCGUGUACGACCUGUGCGCGUGCGGCGCCAACACCGACGAGUGUCUGUGCGACGCGCUGGAGGCGUACGCGGGUCAGUGCCGCGAGGCGGGGGUGGUGCUGGACUGGAGGAGCCCCGCGCUGUGCGCGGUGGGCUGCCCGGUGGAGAGGGGCUUUGUGUUCGACGAGUGCGGCCCCCCGUGCCCGGUGACCUGCCUCAACGCCGACGUGCCGCUGGGGGUCAUCGAGAGCCACUGCUUCAAGCCCUGCGUGCCGGGCUGCCAGUGCCCCGCCGGGCUGGUCCUGCACAGCAGCCACUGCGUCCCCCCGGACAAGUGCCCCAAGAUCAUCCACGGCAACGCCGCCCGGCCCCCCGGCGCCCUGUGACCCCGCCGGCCCCCGCGGCGCUCGCCACAGCCCCCCGGCGCCCUGUGACCCCCCGGCCCCCGCGGUGCUCGCCAACCCCCCCCGGCUGGGUUUGGAUGGGUCCGGCGGCACCUUGUACAGUGGACUGAACCAAACCAAACUGCAAGUGAUGCUCACUUAUCUCCGCGCUAUAUCCCAUGAUGCACUGCCCAGUUUCACCGCCGUCGUGUUCUUCUCACAGAGAUGGUCCGCGACAGACGGCGUCACGGCGGUACGUGGUCAGUGUCUGGAUUCACCGUAUUACCUGCCCUACUUGUACUCUAGUAAGAGAUCGAGGGAGCAGUGAGCCCAUCCAAGUACAGCCUCCCACUGCACUGGGAGAUACCUCUCCACUUUCUAUUCUAUACAGACACAUUAUUAAUCGCUGUAUACACACAUAUAUAUAUGUAUAUAUAUAUAUAUACAUAUAUAUCUCUGCCAAACACAGCUCACACCUGACCUAACCGCUUAAGGACUGCAGCCUUCCAUUGGGUUCCAGAAGCCGAAUGUCUAAAACCAAAGAACCACUAUAUUAUUGACCUCUGAACUAGGAUUA